AUGAGAUGGUAUUCGGCAUUCUGGGAGCUCGCACGAGGCCAGGGAAAGAGCGGCGCUGGCGCUGGCGCAGGCGACUACCAAAAGUACAUGUCUGACUUCCAGCAGUACAUGAAGGGACACGGAGGUAGCCAGGGCGACUACCAGAAGUUCAUGUCCCAGUAUGCCUCGGACUUCCAGAAGUACAUGCAAGGUCAGGGCAGUGGAGCCGCUGGGGACUACCAGAAGUACAUGUCAGACUAUCAGCAGUACAUGCAGGGACAUGGAGGCAGCCAGGGCGACUACCAGAAGUUCAUGUCUCAGUAUGCUUCGGAUUACAUGCAAGGACAGGGGAAGGGCGGAGCUGGUGCAGGCGACUACAAAAAGUACAUGUCUGACUUCCAGCAGUACACGAAGGGACAUGGAGGCAGCCAGGGCGACUACAAGAAGUUCAUGUCCCAGUAUGCCUCGGACUUCCAAAAGUACAUGCAAGGUCAGGGAAAGGGUGGCGCAUCAGCUGGGGACUACCAGAAGUACAUGUCAGACUAUCAGCAGUACAUGCAGGGACAUGGAGGUAGCCAAGGCGAUUACCAGAAGUUCAUGUCCCAGUACGCGUCGGACUUCCAGAAGUACAUGCAAGGUCAGGGAAAGGGUGGCGCAUCAGCUGGGGACUACCAGAAGUACAUGUCUGACUUCCAGCAGUACAUGAAAGGCAGCCAGGGCGACUACCAGAAGUUCAUGUCCCAGUACUCAUCGGACUUCCAGAAAUACAUGCAAGGCCAGGGCAAGGGAGCUGUGGGGGACUACCAGAAGUACAUGUCUGACUUCCAGCAGUACAUGAAGGGACAGGGAGGCAGCCAGGGCAGCUAUGACAAGUACAUGCAGUACAAGCAGUACAUGCAGGGCCAGGGCAAAGAUACUAAGGCUUCUAAGGCCGACCACAAGCACAUCGCCCAAGGUUCGCACUCUCACAGCAAGCACGAGGCGAAGGACAAGAGCUCCCACUCCAAGGACGAGGCCGCAGACUCGAAAGACAAAUCGAAGGACGAGGCCAAGGACAAGGAUGCUCCUGCUGCCUUCGUUGCAGCUGAGGGAGCGGUGUCAGGAGAGAACAACCAUCUUUUGUUCGCUCCUGUCCUCCUCGUAGCAGUAGCUGCUUCGGCUUUCGUGUACAUGCAGUACCAGAAGCGGUCCCUGUCUUCCCGGACAACGGGGGAGGACUACGUGCUUCAGCUGGAGCCCAUGAAUGUUUGA